AUCUUCACUCCUCACUUCUCUGCAUACUUCAUGCGAAUUAAAACACCAAAUAGAAAUUAAAAUGUUGGGUGUUAGUAUGAAUUUGUUGAUGAGGGUGUGUUUCUUUGUGAUCCUUGUUUCUAAAUUAUGCAAUGGGUAUUCAACAAAUCAAGUGAAGUUGGAUUUUUAUCCUCCAUCUUGCGAAAGAAUUGAGUGUCCAAAAUAUGAGUUGAUUGAAUCUGGUAAAGACUAUGAAAUUCGUAGUUAUAAUUCGGCCAUGUGGAUGUCUACUUCUCCCAUUGAUGAUAUUUCCCUUCAUUCCGCCACCAGAACUGGUUUCCUCAGGCUAUUUAAUUACAUUCAGGGGAAGAACAAUUACCAUGAGACAAUAGAGAUGACAGCACCAGUUAUCACUCAAGUGAAACCAAGUGAUGGACCUUUCUGUGCUUCCUCGUUUGUUGUGAGUUUCUAUGUACCCAAGAAGAACCAGCCAAAUCCUCCUCCAGCAAAAGGCCUUCACCUCCAAAAAUGGGGCAAAACUUAUGUCGCGGUCAGGCAAUUCAGCGGAUUUGCAGCUGAUGAUGACAUUCCAAAAGAAGCUGCUGCCCUGAGUGCCAGUAUUGCUGAUACUAAAUGGGCAGCACCCGUUGAAAAAAGUCAGGGUGCAGAUAAUACCACGAUGUAUACAGUGGCGCAAUACAACUCUCCAUUUGAGUUCAAGAACAGAGUUAAUGAGAUAUGGUUUACUUUUGAUUUGGACAAAGCACCUGCCAUUUGAGAUGCUCCUGUUCUGAACUUUGACAUUCGAGAACCUGAAAAUAUCUCCUUUCUUGUUUUGUAUUAUCAAAACGAUAGUUGAGAAGUCCGAGUAAUUUUGUAUAACCAGAAUGCUACAUUAUAUAUUGCAAAUAAGAUAGGUUGUAUAAUACAAUCUUAUUCUGAGAA